CCUCCUGAUCAUAGUAUCCAACGAAACUCAACUUUUUUAAGGUUUUCUUUUAUAUUUUCCUUCUCCAAAUAAUCAAACCCCACCACUACUCAUAUACCUACACCUGUGUAUUCCCUCCCCCCAAAACCUUUUCUUUUGUUUUGUUGUCCACCACCACCAUCUUUAUUUAUUUAUUUAUUUUACUCUCUCUUGAAAAAAACCACUUUUUCUCUUGUUCAUUUGCAUGCCAUGAGAGAAUAUUGAAAGAUAAACCAUAUAGAUGUUCAUCACUAAUGUUGGUUGUAUCAAACAUGUUGAAAAACCAGAUGAACAAAUUUUCCUUAGUAUUUUGUCUUCUACUUUUUAGUAUCUUGGUAACAAGUCAAGAAGAUGAUGACGCUUCAAAGCUAUUAUCAUUCAAGAAAACAUCAAUCAAUUCUGACCCAAACGGCUUGUUAUCAACUUGGAAGCUUUCAUCAACCCCGUGUUCUUGGAACGGUGUCGUUUGUUCUAACAACCACCGUAUCACCGCCGUCAAUCUCACCAACAUGUACUUUACCGGUGUUCUAAACCUCUCCCAACUUAUGCAAAUCUCCACUCUCACUGACGUCACUCUCUCCGGCAACUACUUUUCCGGCAACUUGUCUUUUUCUUCCGGUUCUUGCCCCUUUCACACGCUUGACUUGUCGGAAAAUAACUUCUCCGACACGUUAGAUCUUCAACCGUUGUUUCUCACGUGUAAUAAUCUUUAUUCUCUUAGUUUGUCAAAAAAUAAAUUAUCAGAUUCUUCACUGUUGUCGGUUUCUCUCUCCAACUGCCGGAAUAUUAACAUGCUAAACUUUUCCGGCAACAAACUCGCCGGAAAACUUCCGAGUUCUCUCAGUUCUUGUAACUAUCUUUCAUCUUUAGACCUUUCAAACAACCUUCUUUCCGGUGACAUACCCACCGGUUUCAUAUCAUCAUCCAGUUUAAAACUUCUCGAUCUCUCCGGCAACAACCUCACCGGAAAGUUUCAAAACAUUGAUUUCGGAACUUGCAAUAAUCUCACCGUGAUCAAUCUUUCAAGAAAUGAUCUCACCGGAACUGGGUUUCCGGUGAGUUUAACAAACUGUCAAGUUCUCGAAACCUUUGACGUCAGCCACAAUGCUCUGCGGAUGAAUAUUCCGGGAACAAUAAUCGGAAGUUUUAAGAAUUUGAAAACCCUCUCUAUCGGUUACAAUCAUUUUUCCGGCGAGAUUCCGCCGGAAAUCGGGAAUGUUUGCAGUACUCUACAACAGGUUGACUUUUCCGGCAACCAGUUGACCGGAGGACUACCCGCGGCUUUCGCCGCGUGUUCAUCUCUUUCGAGUCUUAACCUCGGACAUAAUUAUUUGUCCGGGGACUUUUUAUCAACUGUUGUUAGUACUUUGUCGGGUUUGAAGUAUUUUUCUGCUUCAUUCAACAACAUUACCGGUAGUUUACCGGUGAGUUUAGGUAAUUGUAGUCAACUUGAAAUAGUUGACUUGAGUUCUAAUGAGUUUACUGGUGAGAUACCUUCUGAAUAUUGUACUAAAACGUCGCCGUUUUCGUCGCUUCAGAAGUUAUUGUUAGCCAAUAAUUAUUUAUCUGGGAAAGUGCCUAACAACCUAGGAGGGUGCAAAAGUCUGCAAACGGUUGAUUUUAGUUUCAACGGUCUUACAGGUGAUAUACCGUUGGAAAUAUGGAAUCUUCCAGAGAUUCUGGAUGUGGUAAUGUGGGCUAAUAAUCUAACUGGUGAGAUUCCAGAAGGGAUUUGUGUUAAAGGAGGUAACCUGCAAACUUUGAUCCUUAACAACAACCUUAUUUCGGGUACUAUCCCUUUGUCGAUAGCGAAAUGCACGAAUCUGAUGUGGGUUUCGCUUUCCAACAAUCAACUCCGCGGGGAAAUCCCCGCGGGUGUUGGGGAUCUUGUCAAUCUUGCUAUUUUACAAUUGGGAAACAAUUCGUUAACGGGUGGUGUUCCGGUUGGCUUUGGCAAGUGUAAGAGUCUCAUUUGGCUUGAUUUGAAUAGUAAUUUGCUUAAUGGGCCGCUUCCCGAGGAGCUGGCGGAUUCGGCUGGGCUUGUGUCUCCCGGGCCCGUUUCGGGGAAGCAGUUUGCUUUUGUGAGGAAUGAGGGGGGGACUGCUUGUAGAUUUGCUGGUGGGCUUGUGGAGUUUGAGGGGAUUAGAAAGGAGAGACUUGAAGGGUUCUUGAAUUACCAUUUUUGCCCCUCGACCCGAAUCUAUUCGGGCGUGACAAUGUACAAUUAUGCAAGUAAUGGUAGUAUGAUCUAUCUUGAUCUGUCUUACAAUGAUUUAACUGGCAGCAUUCCUGAAAGUUAUGGAUCAUUGAGUUACUUACAGGUUUUGAAUUUGGGCUACAAUAAUCUUAGUGGCGAUAUCCCGUUUAGUCUCGGUAACUUGAAGACCGCUUUGCUUCUUGAUCUGUCGCAUAAUUCGCUAACGGGCUUCAUCCCGGGCUCGCUGGUAAGUCUCUCGUUUCUCAACGAUUUCGACGUGUCACAUAAUAAGCUCACGGGCCCGAUCCCAUCAGGUGGACAGCUUACUACUUUCCCAGCAUCCAAAUAUGAUAACAACACGGGCCUUUGCGGGCUGCCUUUGGAACCUUGCGGGUCGGGGAACAAACGGGCCGGGCUUAAACAUAAAGGAAAGAGGACGAGUUCCAUGGCGACCGGGGUGGUUGUUGGGAUACUAGUAUCUCUCCUUUGCAUCAUCAUUCUCACAUUCUUUCUUUUUAGAAUGAAAAGAUACCAAAAGAAAGUCGAAACCCGAGAUAAAUACAUCGAAAGCCUAUCGACUUCCGGAAGCAGCAGCUGGAAACUAUCGGGUGUACCCGAACCAUUAAGCAUUAACAUCGCCACAUUUGAGAAGCCGUUAAGAAAGCUCACGUUCGGGCAUUUACUCGAAGCGACAAACGGGUUCAGCGCCGACACAUUAAUCGGGUCGGGCGGGUUCGGGGACGUGUACAAAGCACAGUUAAAAGAUGGGAGUGUUGUUGCAAUCAAGAAACUUAUACAUGUCACUAGUCAAGGGGACAGAGAGUUUAUGGCUGAAAUGGAAACAAUAGGCAAGAUCAAACACCGAAACCUCGUACCCUUAUUGGGCUACUGCAAGAUCGGCGAAGAGCGGCUUCUGGUAUACGAGUACAUGAAAUGGGGAAGCUUAGAAGCGGUUUUACACGAUCGGGUCAAAGGCGGAAACUGUGUUCCGAGGCUAGAUUGGUUAGCAAGAAAGAAGAUAGCCAUUGGAUCAGCAAGAGGGCUGGCAUUCCUGCAUCAUAGCUGCAUUCCUCACAUAAUUCAUCGCGAUAUGAAGUCGAGUAAUGUCCUUCUAGACGAAGACUUCGAAGCCCGAGUAUCGGACUUCGGGAUGGCCCGGCUAGUCAAUGCACUCGAAACACAUCUCAGUGUCAGUACACUAGCCGGGACGCCCGGGUAUGUCCCACCAGAAUACUACCAAAGUUUUCGCUGCACCGCAAAAGGAGAUGUAUACAGCUACGGAGUCGUGUUGUUAGAGCUUUUAUCCGGGAAAAAACCGAUCGAUACAAUGGAGUUCGGGGACGACAACAACCUCGUCGGAUGGGCUAAACAGCUGCAGAGAGAACGAAGGAUUCGCGACGUGUUGGACCCCGAAUUGCUGUUAGAUAAAUCGUGCGAAUCGGAACUGUUUCAUUGUUUGAAGAUUGCAUAUCAGUGUGUUGAUGACAAGUCUUGGAAGAGGCCUACAAUGAUUCAAGUAAUGGCUAUGUUUAAGGAGCUGCAAGAAGAUUCAGGCAGUGAUAUUCUUGAUGGGAUGUCAAUGAAAAGUUCAGUGAUUGAUGAAUCUCAAGAAAAAGAACCUUUGGGUGAUCACAGUUGAGAUCAUUAAUGUUGUUAAGAUCAUGGAAACCUUAGAUUGUUUCCUACCAAUUUGGUUUUGUAUAUACCAGAAUAUAAGUUUCAUUUGGAUUUGUGUUCCUUUUCCUGUUCUGUAUCUGUUUUCUUUCAAAAUUUUGGUAAUUGAUAAAAUCUUGCUAUUUCUUUUUUUUU